AUGGAAACAUAUCCAACCAUCAUAUCUUCUAUAUCAAAUAACGACAUGGAUCUCCGAUACGAAGUCAUAGGCUACUAUCAUGAUUAUCUCCUCGAUCCAAGUUCGUCGUCUCAACAACAUGGAAUGGAUACAUCAGCCAUUACCUAUUCACAGCAGAUCGACGGUCAUGAACGUCACGGACAUGAGACUAAUACGCAACACACGAAUACAAACAACAGCACCGGUGUCAAUGGGCACGUUGAGAGUCAUAUUGGUGGACACCAUGUCUCUCAACAAGUGCCUACACACGUAAACGUCUCCCAUGGGAAUAUGAUCCAUCCACACUACGACAUAAGUGUGCACGAUACCUAUGGAGUGAAUAGGGGCAUGCUGCCUACGCCCGAGGGAAAUGAUGGGAUAAUUGUGGGGGACUAUUCUCUAAUGACAAACGAAACAUUCAAUCUGGAUGGUUCAGAAUUCACGGAAGAUGGGCUCUUUCUUAAAAGCUCCGGUUCCACCGUCCUCAACGCUUCUUCAACAACCUACACAGACUAUGCUGCACACUUCCUUCUCUCCCCUACGAGUUCGCCAACCUUAUCUCCAAAUGAACAAUUUUCAAUGUCUUCAGACAUCGCACCUAGUCUCAACUCCACAGUCCAACCAACAGCCAUCCAUCACAGCCCACAGAAAAACAAGACAAGAUCCAUCUCUACUACUCGUUCAAAUCAUAGGUAUAAUCCGGUUAAAGAUAACAAUAGGUCUACCGACCGACCUGCUGUAUUGGCAGGGAGGGGAACAAAACGAAUGUCGCAAGAUGGGCACGAUGGCAAAAGACAAAGAGUCGGAUUAAAUGUUGAUGGCCAAACUGAUAUGCAGAUCGAUGGACAGAUCGAUAUGAGAGAUAAUAGUCAGAUGCAGGAACUAGAAAUGCAUCAAGGACAUAUGCAUGAUCACUUACAGCGCACGGCUCGACGGCAACAAGUAUCCCCACAUGCCCAAUCUGUUCAUAAUUCUGGCUCACAACAAUUUCUUCCUCUUUCGUCCACCGUUCAAAUUUCACCAAUUACUGCUGUACCGUCUCGUUCGACGCAGAAUACCUCUCCUCAAUUUCACGCAAUUGCGCCUUCUCGCUCUGUAUCAUCUUCCUCUUCAUCCUCGCCAAUAGCUUCCACGCCUACAUCUGUUCGCUCUCAAGAUACUUCAUUAACUCAUUCUGAUCAGAUGCCCAAUCUAAACCUCGGUGAUAACCUUGUGUCAUCACUUGAUCCAUCGCAAUUCGUUGCGCCAAGGAUAGCGGACGGACCGAGCAUGAGCAAUAUCGGGGAAAAAAUUGAUCCAAUUACUCCAUCGACUAUUAUGAAAUUGAGAAGCGGGAAAGCUGAAAGUGGUAAUAAUGAAGGAAACGGAUCGGCUGGCGUAGCGUUACCUAAAGGAGGUUUAGAUGGGAAGAAUAAAGGAAGUAAGCAAAAAAACGGAACAAAUAACAGUGUUACAACGACCACCUCGUCUCAACAAUCUCAUGCUAGUAACCACGCGAAUGCCACUCGUUCACCCGUCCAAUCAUCAAACCAGCAAUCCAUACAAUCUGCUCAAUCUCCAACGCAGAAACAAUCACAAGUAUACGUCCAACAGUCCAACAAUUCACAAAUUUCCCAAUGCCCAGCACUUGUAGUCCAUACCUCGUCUAACACAACAUCCAUAAAUGGACAACCCGUUAUAGUAAUUCCAUCAUCUGGCAUUACUAUCUCACCCGCUCUUGCUCCAUCCGUUGCAAUGUCUCCUACGAGCAACAUGUCAGGAAUCAACGUGUCUAAUUUAGGUAACGUUCAGGUAGUAGCAAGAAACGUCAUAAGAGGUUCUCCGGUUGCUUUGGGUCCCAAGAGUCCUCAAUCGAUGAAGCCGUUAAUCAGCCCAAGUUUGAAACCAAAGUUGCCUGGUGUUACAGCUGAUGAAAUCGCAGAGCAGUUGGCGCAGAAAUCGAAUUAUCAGAAUAUCUUGGAGGGGACUGCCCAAUCCCUCGGGAUAAGCUAUCCCUCAGACUUGCAAUUAUCUCUGGAAUCACGCCGCACUACACAUAAAGCUGCUGAACAAAAACGCCGCGACUCUCUUAAACAGUCCUUUGACGAGUUGAAAAAAGUUGUUCCUUACACGUCGUCGCUAGGUAAUGGAAUCAAGGCUGGAAAUGCGGACCCGGCUAAUGGAAAGGGUCAAGAUGCUUCUUCAAAGAAUGUCAGCAAGUUGUUCUUGCUGAAAAAAGCUCACGAUUACAUCGUAGAACUUCACAAUAAAGUCAUAGAUAAGGACGAGACCAUCCGCCAACUUCGAGAAGAACUCGCUGCCAUGAAGAAACCUGUCGAUGAUGGUUUUCAAGAGUCUAAUAGCGAGAAAGAGACUGAAAGGCAUAGAGCUGAAGAUGAGGAUACUGUUAUGGAGGUCGAUCAAGAGAGUAAUGCGAGCGAAGGGCAUGAUGAGAGCGAUGGGUGA